AGAAAACAAAAACAAAACCAAAAAAAAAAAUAUUUACUCUUAUCACUUGAUAAAGUGUGUAUUUUUAUUUUCUAAUUUUUAAUAUUGCUAAUAUUUCUGGUUCAAUUAUUUGUGUGGGUUAAGAUCUUCGCCUUGCAAUUGGAUGAAAAUUUACAUGGUGGCACCAUUAGUAUGAAAGCUUUCUCCUGAAUCUCUGAUUAAUUUCAUCUUAUCAUCUCUUCUGAUUUUAUCAAAACAGUAUGGAGUCUAGUGGUGAAGAUGCGCUUAGCGCUAUAGUUCCUUUGUUGAAACUUCUGUCCCUAACAGUUAUUGGAUUGAUUCUUGCAAAUCCAAAAACCAAAAUGGUCCCGAGAGCAACAUUUAAGCUCUUAAGCAAGCUGGUUUUCGCCCUAUUUUUGCCCUGUUUGAUAUUUACUGAAUUGGGUGAAAGCAUUAGUCUGGAGAACAUUUUUUCUUGGUGGUUUAUCCCUGUUAAUGUUUUAGUAAGUACGAUCUUUGGUUUCUUUCUUGGGUGCUUGGUGGUGAUUAUAUGCCGGCCACCUCCAGAGUUCAAUAGGUUUACAAUCAUCAUGACUGCCUUUGGAAAUAGUGGUAAUCUGUCUUUGGCGAUUGUUGGAUCUGUUUGUCAUACGAAGGAUAGUCCUUUUGGACAUGGUUGCCAUUCUAAAGGGGUGGCGUAUGUUUCGUUUGCCCAAUGGGUUUCUGUGAUUCUUGUAUACACGCUUGUUUAUCACAUGAUGGAGCCUCCAUUGGAGUAUUACGAGGUUGUUGAGGAGGAAGGCGAUGUCAUUGAGGAACAACCACCUGUUAAUGAUUUAAGUAGGCCUCUUCUUGUAGAAGCUGAAUGGCCAGGCAUCGAGGACAAAGCAACUGAACAUUCCAAGAAGCCCUCAAUUGCUAGGAUUUUCACCAACCUCUCAACUCUUUCUCAGACCAAUUUUCCAGACGUUGAUAUCACAGAGGAAGCCACUAGUGUUAGCAGUCCCCGGUCCAUUAGGUGUUUGGCCGAACCCAGAGUUGUCAGGAGGUUCAGAAUUGUUGCUGAACGAACUCCAAUCCAACACAUACUUCAACCUCCAACAAUAGCUUCUCUCUUGGCUAUCAUUAUCGGGACUGUCCCUCGGCUAAAAGUUUUUUUCUUUGGAUAUGAUGCUCCAUUAUCUUUCAUCACCGACACUUUAGAAAUUUUAGGUGGUGCAAUGGUGCCUUCUGUGAUGCUUAUUCUUGGGGGUAUGCUUGCAGAGGGACCAAAUGAAUCUAAACUUGGGCGUCGAACUACAAUUGGUAUAGUAGUAGCAAGGCUUUUGGUGCUUCCUUUGAUAGGAAUCGGGAUCGUUGCAUUAACCGAUAAAUUGAAUAUUUUAGUCGAGGGUGAUGCGAUGUACAGAUUUGUGCUUUUGUUGCAGUACACAACACCAAGCGCCAUUUUAUUGGGAGCAAUUGCAAGCUUGAGGGGUUAUGCUGUUAAGGAGGCUUCGGCAGUUCUCUUCUGGCAGCAUAUCUUCGCCCUUUUUUCCCUUUCCGUGUACCUUAUCGUCUACUUCAAACUGGUCAAGUAUGUUUGAGGUUCGCCCCGCAUCUCGAUGUUUCGUGUUGAUUAGCAAUUGCUUAACAUGUAAAUGCCUUCAUAUUCUUGCUUUCUACAUGUCCAUUGAAUUCUCUCUCUUGAAUGAGAUAAACAUGUUUUCUAGUA